AUACAAAAUAUCCAUCCUGUAUAAAAGUUUAUCAAAUAUUGACCAAACAGAAAUUUGAUUCCCAUGAAGCUGCUGUGAUUUCCUGCUUCUUUCUUUCUCUGGAAAGAGGAUUCAUUGUUCUCCAGAAAUCAGCUUGGACAUAAGGCCAGGAGUUCAAGAAACUACAGGACCCUUGGGCCAUGACCUCUGUGUGAAUUGUUGUUGUUUCUAUUUAAAGGCACAGACCUCAGCAACCAAGAAAAAUCAGUCUACAAUCAAUGGAAACAACACAAUAAAACCAAAACACAGAACACGUAUUGAUAUUGGCAGAAUAUAACAUGGAUGGUUCCCCAUGAGAGAACCACCACACUUUAACAGUUUCGGUCCAGAGACAACAUGUCUCAGUGACCCAGUCCCAUCCAGCCUGCACAGCUGGAGUCAGGCAGACUUCACUGUGGACGGAUCCAGCAGCAGAUGGCGGCAGAGGCCUCUGUGGGCACCGACACAUGGCGCUUUAUAGUGAGUGUGUACAGUGGGAAGGUUUUCAGCGCUGCCAAAGCCCGGCCCCAUCAGUGCAUCACAGCUGACUUUACUGUGAAAGGGGACACGAGCAUCGGGAUUCUUUCACUUUUAAACGGCCUGUCUUUUUUGUUUAUUUGCGCCGAGGACGGCUCUGCAGUUGGUUUCCACGAAUCAGAUUGAUGCAGCUUGUUUCUCGGGGAGUGUAUUGAAUUUUUCAGAUGCCGUGGAGCCUCUUUUCAGCUGAAGGGAUCCCGCUGUUCGCUGGAUGAGGUCUGUCAGAAGACAUUAACGUUGUUCGGGGACUAAUGCGCUUUCACAGGCUGCAGCUGGACUUGAGCACACGUGAAUUGAUUCACUUUGUUUAGCCCGUGAACAAUCACCACCUCCCCACCUCCCCUCUUAUUUAUUGUCUGACGUGGAUUUUACACCCGCUCCCACGCGCUCCUCCGCUGGAAUCUCCAAACUGGCGCGUUUGUGCCAAAAUGAAUUUCGACCAGAUCCUCGCCGCCAUCGGGGGCUUCGGCAAAUACCAGAAACUGCUGUACACGUGGAUUUGUUUACCACAGGUCCUGCUCGCCUUUCACAUGAUGGUGAGCAUCUUCACCGGAGCCACGCCGCCGCACCACUGCCGAGACGCCGCGAGCGCGGGAGCCGAGAACCGGUCCUUUAACUCCGGACAGAACUUCAGCAUAGCGGAGUCCUCCUGCUUCUCCUCCGAGGUCCCGCUCCUGGGCAACCGGACCGAGCGCGUCCCGUGCGGCAACGGAUGGGUUUACAGCCGGGAGACGUUCGAGAGCACCACGGUCACAGAGUGGGACCUGGUGUGCGACAGAGCCGGACUCAACAGUGUGGGCUCAUCCAUCUACAUGUCUGGCCUGCUGGUGGGCUCCGUGGUGUUUGGAGCCAUGGCUGACAGGUACGGCCGCCGCUUCGUCCUCCUGCUGUCCAUCGCCCUGCAGACGGUGUUUGGCGUCGCCGUGGCCUUCGCACCCAACUUCCCCGUCUACGCGACGCUCCGCUUUAUGGUCGGCGCCACAAUAUCUGGAGUCAUCAUAAACGCCUUUGUGCUCGGCACUGAGUGGACGUGCACCGACAGACGCAUGCUUGCCGGCAUCAUAACUGACUAUGCCUUCGGCCUGGGCUACAUGCUGCUAGCGGGGGUAGCGUACCUGAUACGGGACUGGAGGAAGCUGCAGCUGGCCAUAUCAGCCCCAGGGUUCCUGCUGAUCUUCUACAUAUGGGUGGUCCCUCAGUCUGCCAGGUGGUUGCUGACCAAAGACAGAAAAGAAGAAGCCAUUGCACUGCUACGCAAGGCAGCGCUGGUUAAUGGGCGGGUCCUACCUCCAGCUGUGCAGGUCGACAAGUGUGAGUUUUCGCACGGAGGGAAGCGAAACCAUUCAGCGCUGGACCUCGUGCGCACGCCCCAGAUGAGGAAGAGGGCGGUCAUCCUGUUCUACCUGUGGUUCGUGAACGUGCUGGUGUACUAUGGCCUCUCGCUGGGCGUGUCCAGGCUGGGGACCAACCUCUACCUCAGCCAGUUCGUCUUCGGGCUGGUCGAGAUCCCGGCCCGCUCCCUGGUGCUGCUCGUCCUCCCCUGCAGCCGCAGGCUCUCGCAGGCCGCGUUCCUGGCGGUCGGAGGCCUCGCCUGCCUCCUCAUGCUGGCCGUUCCCGCAGAUCAGCGGAACGUCCUGACCGGUCUUGCAAUGGUGGGGAAGUUUGGUAUCACUGCCUCCUUUGCAGUGAUUUACGUGUACACUGCUGAGAUAUUCCCCACUGUGCUACGACAAACAGGCAUAGGUAUGUCCAGUAUGUUUGCACGGAUGGGCGGUGUCUUAGCACCGAUUAUUAACAUGCUGCACAACCACAGCCCGGCUACUCCCCUGCUCAUCUUCGGGGCGUCCCCCCUGCUGGGAGCCGUCCUCGCCCUAGCGCUGCCUGAAACUGCCAACAGGCCUCUUCCCGACACAGUGGAGGACGCAGAGAACUGGGACCUGAGGCUGCCACCCGACAAGUCAUUGAAAAGCUGUGAGGAGCAGGAGUUACGACAUCCAGCGAGCCAAACAUAGCUGUGUGUGGGUUCACACGACACACAGGCAGCAUUCCUAUGUUCUCUGUGCAGAAACAGACCAGUAUCAGAUUAGCAGCUCUAUGCAAACACUUCCUAUCCACCAAACUAAGGUGCAGGUGUGGGCACAAACCGGGCAUUGAGCUCUGCCUCAAAGGCAAAUCAACCAGCAAAAGUAGGUAAAGGCCUGAAUGAGUCAUUAAUAAGUCAGGUUUACAUGAUUAUUCCAACUUGGUUCCAUACUUUUAAUGGUGAGAUUUUCAUUACAUAGACAGUUGUAUAAAAAUACAAUACGAUUACGAUGUAAUCUGUAAUUUGAGGACCAGGAUGAACUGGUUCAAUUCCUCUUCCACUUCCUCUCCAAUGCAGUUGAGCCACUAUUUUUAGGGAUUUUGUGCAGUGCAUUUUUUGGGAUGUUUGUAUCUUUAUAUGUAUCUUUAUACUGUACUGAGCAAGCAUCUGCCUCAUUUUUUAUAAAACUAGUGGGAAUAGUAAUGCAUGCACUUGACUUUAUAUAGAUUCUUGGUAUGGUACUGUAUGUGAGAUUAUAACCAGUGUGAUGGUGCCUGACAUCUGAAUUAUUUGGUGAUUAAAUGUAAAAAUAAUUACUAUAUUAAGCAAAUCUCUUAUGUUUACACAUUUAAAGGCUUGUGCGUUGCAUUACAAGCGCAUGUCAAUUCAAAUGAAAUGUAAUUGUUUGCAUACUGUAAUGUUUGUACAGAGCAGCAUCAGACUAAUUUCUGAGCCCAGCAAAUAAAAAAAGUUCAGAUUUUUUAUUACAUUGA